AUGCCAGCUCGAGAGCUCAUUUUUGAAACGUUACCACCAAUAUUUAAGUCAAAGUUUCCCCGUCUUACAUCCAUAAUAGAUUGUUUUCAAGUAUUUAUUGAGUCACCUGCAUUGCACAUUUUGACGGUAUUUAUUUCUUGUACACCGCUUGGUGCUAUUAAUUUUGUUUCUAAAUGUUGGGGUGGUCGUGCUUCCGACAUUCAAAUAGUUAGAGAAUCAAACUUUACAUCAUCAAAAUACCAUUACCCUGGAGACCAAAUUUUGGCUGAUCGUGGAUUUACAUUAAAAGAUGAUUUUGCCACUCUUUCCUAUUCGGAACCUUUGGUUCCUGCAUUUAAAAAAAACAAGACCCAGCUAUCAGCAGAUGAUGUUGAAUCUACCAGGAAAAUUGCAUCUGUAAGAAUUCAUAUCGAAAGAGUAAUAGGAUUAUUGAAAAAUCGUUAUUCAAUUUUAAAAGGAAUCUUGCCAAUAAGAACAGUGAAAAGACUGAAGGACGAAGCAACUCAUUCAAAGCAUGCAAGCUGUGAUAAAAUUGUUGUAGUGUGUGCUGCUUUAGUGAACUUAGGAGAAAACAUUGUGUUUCGCUAG